CCUUUAUGCCUGAUAUACAGUCAGUUGAUCCAGCUCAAUUUCAUUUGGUGACACCAUCAUGGGAUGCUCAGGGCUGUUGAUUUUGGGUCUUGUCCUAAAUGUUGCUCACUGCUUGGAAAAUCUGGGUCUGGAUGAAGAGCUGAUUAUUGAGAUCACGCACAACACCACGGCAGUCCUGGGAGAAGACUUGUACCUGAGAUGUAGGUAUCUGGGGAAAAGUGAGAUCCAGAGCGCCGAGUGGAAACGCCAAAAAACUAACUCUAAACAAACAAAAUCAAAGGGACUGGCGGGAUUUUCAAAUGGUGUGCCAUUUAACCGCAAUGGCUUCUCAGAGCCAGACUCUCUUACCAACCUCACAGUUAAGAUGACGGUGCCCAGUGUGGAGGUAGAAGGAGAAUACAUCUGUGAGUUUGAGUCAGAAGAGGAGUAUUUUUGUGACAGCACAUUUGUCACUGUAGUAGCUCGGCCUGAUAUACAGCUCUUCGUGAAUGCAGAGACCAUAAACGGCACUCACUACCAGUCUGUGUCAUGCUCUGCCGUCGGUGGCAGACCCAUACCUCAGAUCAGCUGGUUGGUCAAUGGCCUUCCUCCCCCUGAUUACCCCUUCAAUGUGAGUGUGAGUAACACUACUCACUCAAACGGCACAUUCACCUCAAGCAGCAUUCUCCGCUUUCCCACCCACCUGCAGGACGAGGACAGUGUGACCUGUCAGGUUCAACACCCGACCUUCCCAAACCCCAAACUCAUCUCAGUGAAGGUGGAAACUUAUGCGAAGCCAAACGUGACCAUUAAAACAGAGAUGGUACAACAAGGAGGAAAUGACUUCUGGGUGGUCUCGUGCAUUUCAUCUGGAGGGAGACCUGACACUGACAUCUCCUUGGCUUUGAACACGGGUGAAGAGCUGCAGAGAGAAAACGACACAGACUCAGACAUGCAAAGAAGCUCAGUCUUUCUCCCUGCCACAGAGUACGAGGGCCGAAACAUCACCUGUGUGUUUGACCACCCCAAAUUUACACACAGCGAGUCACGAGUCGCAACACUGCCGUUGUUUUAUCUGUCUGGAGUUCACUUGUCAGGAAUCAGCAGUGACGACUUCCAAGGCAAUGAAUCUUUAGAGCUGCAGGAGGGACAGAGUGAAAUCGUUAUCGGCCUAGAGGUCAUUGGCAAUGUGCCACAUUACGAUGUUACAUGCGAAAAAGAUGAUGGGCCCUUACCCGAGGGGUUGGAGCUGGUUGGCAGUAGCCUCAGAGUUCAUGGUCCUGUGGAGUUUCAGCAUGCUGGCCUGUAUGAAUGUGUCUUCUCCUAUUACCAUCUUAAAGCAAUGUUGCAGAUUAACAUCACAGUUCAACCCCAUAUUCUCAAGCCUGUUCCUCCCACCAUACGAGUGGAUUUGCAGACUAAAGAUGGACACACGGUGAUUGAGUGCUCAGCAGCUGAUGCUGUUCCUGCAGCCAACGUAUCCUGGCUUCUAGCAGAGGGUGUGUCUGGGGUGUCUUGGUCCAAUUUCACUUCUCAUAAUGGAAGCCACUCUGUCAGGGGAGUUUUUCUCCUCCCUGCCUGCUUGCCCUGGGAGCUCACUGCAGAGUGUGUGAUAAAUCACCCAGCAUUUGAGGAGCCAGAGAACAGAAGCAUAACACUCCCUCUUUGCGCUCGUCCUAACAUCACCAUCAGCUCAAGCACUGAGUGGAAAGACGGUGAACAGUUCACAAAGGUGGACUGCUCUGCAGACAGUGUCACCCCUGCUGCAGCUAUAACCUGGCGUGUUGGAAACAGUGACAAGAACAUCACCAGUUAUCUGUCAGAGCCUGAAGGCCAGGCUGAUGGUUUGGUUUCAGCCCGUAGCUCUGUACUCUUCUCGUCCUCUUUGUAUGCUGGUCAGAAUUUGACCUGCAUGGUGGAGCACCCGAGCUUGGAGGCAUCAGAAGAAAGAACAAUACACAUUCCUGUACACAAAGCCCCACUGCUGAGUGUGUCAGUGGUGAGACAGCGGGACUCUCAUCUCUGGCUGGCCGUGUGCGAGUGCAGAGGGGAGGGUGUAGGGACGAACCUCACCUGGGUUCUUCCUGAAAACACCAAAGGUCAAACAUCAAACUCAAACUCAGAGUAUGAAGGACGCACCAUGGAAGCCAGGCUGACUUAUCAGUUUCCUUUGGCCCUUCAUGAGGGGCAGGACCUGACUUGUGUGUACAAGUUUGAACAUGGGAUCACAGAGAAGAGGACUCUUCAUAUCCCUAAAUACUAUAUCUAUGUCAGAGUCGUGAACCACACGACUCCUCUGCAAAGCCGCUACGGUGGUGAACCCAUCAUACACAGACUCGCUCUCCAGGAAAAUCAUCACAACCAGAGAAUACUGCUCCGAGUCGAAGGCAACGUGCCACAGUAUGACCUCAACUGUGAGAGGAGCGAUGGCUCAUUUGUCCGUAUGGAAAGGCUUGCAAUAGUCUUCCAGUCAGAGCUCACAGAGCAGGAUGAAGGCCUGUAUACCUGCUCAGCAGCCUUCUAUCACCAUGUGGCCACAGUCAAGAUUCAAGUGGAGGUCACAAGUGAGGACAAACUGUUUGCGCUGGCAGCCAUAGGCUGUAUGUCUACGGCCUCGGCCAUUGUCUUAAUCCUCGUCGUCACUCUCUGGGUGUGCUGCACAAGACAUGGCAGGACACAGUAUAAGAAGCAGGAGUCUCUCUCUGCCUUGACAACUCUGAUGCAGGAGCCCGGCUCUCCUGAGGUGAAGAAGCCAGAUGUGACAGAAAAGGACAGUAAGGAAUACUCUCAACUGGUCAGUUACUCCAUAGUCAUUGAUGUGAAGAGUACGGUGUGAAGAUAAAGGUGCUUUGCGGGGAUUUUGUGUACAACAUUUAGCUUUUCAUUGUGCACAACCUAGAUAUGAAGGCUUACUGGCACAGCAGCACUGUUUAUGAUUUCAUUGUAUUUUUGUGUGACUGUGAAGUGGAAGCAUCCACUGUUUAUGUACUGAAACAUAAGUUCUUCUUGAAGUUUUUAGUUUUGAUUGAUUGGCAUUAAUGAUUUGAAAUGCAUUACUUUUGCACUUUUUCAUCUUACUUGAAUUUUGUUUUAUGAACAUUGUAUUCUCAGGUAUUUGUCAAUAAAAUCAUUCGAAUAAU